CAAACAGUAGAGAACGCUUGCCGUGAGUGGUGCAUUCGUGGAGUUUUGUCGGAUGAGAAUUUAGCAUUUUAAUUAAUAGUUUAAGUUUUUCUUAGUGCCCAGUGCUAAUUAAAUUUUAAUUAAUUUCCAUCAUUUAAAUCGAUUACCUAAUAAACAUAAUUUACACUUAAUAAUUAAAUUAACCGGCCAUUUUUUAUUUGGAACUGGUACUACUGAUUGAAGACUAUACGACUUCUGUGUUGCGGAGGCGUUAUUAUCGUGCUAAAAAUUAAACUUGUUAGUUUAGAUAAAGAAAUUUUUACAAAUACUCUGUGAUUAUAUAUAUUUACACAAAAUACAAUAGCAAGAAUUGCAAUUGCAUACGAAACAAUCCAUAAAGUGCACUUAGCAACGGAUUGAAUAAAAGUAAAGAAUUUCGUUUAUUUUGUUUUGUACGCGGAGUUCAAGUGUCUACGGCUAAAGCAAAGUUAAAUUAGUGUAGCGGAGGCUUAUUCAAGUGUCGCAUAAUCUAUACUACAUAUGGAACAAAAACGCCAUAGCGCCAUAACGUUCAACAACGCCGCAUUCAUCGUAUGCUUAUUUUUAUCUUUAUAAUUUUACGUGUUCAACGUGUGCAUAAAUUCUGUGUAAUUAAUCUUAAGCCAGCAGCACAAAGUGCAUAAACUGUUUGGUCCCCUUAUGCUCAACACAAUCUACUACGUAUUUAGUGUUUACUUGCUCAUCAAAUCCCUCUAAAAGUGUCAAUGCCUCUGCCGCCUAAGAUCGUAAACUACCCGCAUCUUCUGUAUUGUCUUCCACAGCCUGCGUAAAAUUAAUCUUCAAUUGAACAGAAACCAUAACGAAAAUAUUCUUUCACGAAUUCCCGUCGCGAUAGCUUCAGUUAAAACGUCAACAGCAUCAUUUGUUCGAUUGUCAAAAUUUUUGUGAUUACAAAUUGCGUCCAAACGAACUAAAAUAUAUAAUUCGAUUCCAUUGUUUAUAACUUAAAUAAGAUAAAUUAUUGUGCUUUCUAUUUCGAAUGUGCUAGACAAUCAAUUUUAAGUGAAUCCCAUUUGUACACUAAAAGCGUAACGGACCAAGACGAAUCCAUCCAAUAACUGCGUCACAUUAAUAUUAAACAAAAGUUAUUAAUAAUAAAUUAACAAACGAAAUUAGGUUCAAAUCAAUUUAUUAAAUUAAGCAAACCAACAACAAAAGGUAGUAAAUCAUAAGUUGAAGGCACAGCGAUUAAAAAAGUAUCUCACAAUCACAAUGGAAACUUGAAAUGCUUGAACGUUUUCGUUUAAGUAACCUGAGUUCACGUUUUCGAUUUCGGGGCACAGAACUGGCGCGCGACAAGAAACAACGUCAACAAUGCGUAACUGUAUUAUUUCUAGAUGACACCACGCACACCUUUCGGAUAGAGAAACGUGCAAAAGGGUCUGAAAUACUAAAUCAGGUAUUUCAGUUUCUUGAACUAUCCGAAAAGGACUACUUUGGCCUGCUCUUUCCACAGAAACCGGGAGAUGUGGUUAGAUGGGUCGAUCCACACAAGCAAUUCAAAAAACAAUGUGGUAGCGUUGCUUUAGAUAACGACGCUGUACCAUUGUUAGAAUUUAGAGUUAAGUUUUAUGUAAGUGAUCCCAGUCGUCUGCAGGAAGAGUAUACACGUUAUCAAUUUUAUUUGCAAAUAAAACGAAACAUAUUUUUAACAAAACUGCCAUGCUCCAUUAAUACACAAUGUCUCCUUGCCAGCUAUACUGUGCAAUCUGAAUUGGGAGACUUUAAUCCAAUUGAACACCAGACAGGUUAUUUAAGUAAUAUGCAACUGUUGGUGGAACAAACUGCCGAUGCUGAACGUAAAGUUUCUGAGUUGCAUAAAUUACAUAGAGGACAAUUACCAGCUGAUGCAGAAUAUAAUUACUUGGAACAUGCGAAACGUUUGGAUUUAUAUGGCAUUGACUUGCAUAAAGCGACGGUAAAAGAUUCUAAUGGCAAGGAAUUACAACUAGGCGUUUCGGCUUUGGGUUUAUUGGUGUUUCAAAAUGGUUUACGUGUAAAUACGUUUUCCUGGUCCAAAAUGGUAAAGGUAUCUUUUAAACGUAAGGAUUUCUUCAUUCAAUUAAGAAGAGAACCAUCGGAAAGUUACGAUACUUUACUUGGAUUCAGCAUGUGUUCUCAUAAGCAUGCAAAAGCCUUAUGGAAAUCAUGUGUGGAACAUCACUCAUUCUUUCGUCUUAAACGACCUCAUCGUUUGCCUCGUUUUCUCAAUAUCAGUUUAGGUUCAAAUUCAAAUUGCUUUUCGUUUCCACAUAGAUUCUAUUAUUCCGGUCGCACUGAAUUGCAAGCAGUACAAGAAUCUAAACAGCGUGGUAAAAUACACAAAGCCUUUGUACGUUCGCCUAGUAAACGACUUAUAACAGCUGGUUCAGCAGCAGCAUCACCAUUAGCAAAUGGUGGCAGUGCCUCUGAUAGUAAUGGUAGUGUUUCGUAUAAUGGUAAAGCACCGUCCGCACUGGUACCGCAUACGUCCAUUUUAACAAUAACAAAAACUACACGUCCUCAUGACAAUAAAGUCACAUCCAAACAAACUGAAUCAAUUCCACGCAAAGCCUGGGAACAGCAAAGCGAUGAAUACGAUAUACAAUUAGAUGCUGGUUUUAUUGAGCACUGUACACGUCGUUUCGAUUCAUCACCAAUACCGCCAGCUUACAGUUCCGGUAAUCGCAGUCCAUUACCAACAAGUAACACAAAUUUAGGUCCACCAAUUACCACGCUUAUCAAUGGUACUUCGACCAUGUCGCCAGAUAGCGGUAGUGAUUUGAUUACAAUACGCUUGCAAGCAGAUGAACAGGGUCGAUUCGGUUUCAAUGUCAAAGGUGGCAUCGAUUUAAGUUUACCAGUUCAGGUAUCUAAGGUAGUGCCGAACACUCCAGCAGAUCGUUGUAUACCAAGAGUUUGUGAAGGUGACGAAGUUGUUAUGAUAAAUGGCCGCGACGUACAUGGUUUAAAACAUGAGCAAGUUGUAACUAUGAUACGCGAAAGCCGUACACACCGCAAUGGCGAAUUACUGUUAACCGUAAGACCAAACUCCCUAGUAACAAUGUUAGAAGAAGAGCCCUUAUAUCAGUAUGUCCCUGAAAAUGAUGAAAUAGGUUCACAUUCGAAUUUGUUAGAUGGUGAUGCAUUGUUUACGCAAAGCUUGUUGUUACUUAGUGAUGGUUUAGCUUCAGGUGCCCUACUAGCACAGUAUGAACUAAUGUAUCGCAAGAAUCCAGAUUUGGCAAUAACAGAAGCUAAGAAACCAGAUAAUAUUGCCAAAAAUCGUUAUCGUGACAUAUCUCCAUAUGACUGUACACGUGUAUCGUUGGUAAACUCUUUAACUGGUGACUAUAUUAAUGCAAAUUACGUUAAUAUGGAAAUACCAGGUGGUGUGGUAAACCGUUACAUAGCCACACAGGGUCCAUUGGCUACCACUACAGUUGAUUUUUGGCGUAUGGUACAGCAAGAGAGCAGUCAUCUUGUUGUUAUGCUUACUACAGUUAUGGAAGCUGGCCGUCAAAAAUGUCAUCAGUAUUGGCCAGUAACUGGGGAUGAACUACAACUUGGCGAUGGUUUUUCUAUUAAAUGUUUGAGUGAAAAACCUGAUGAAACUGGUAGUUUUGUUUUUCGUGAAUUUGUUCUUUGUGACAAACGAACGGGUGAGCAGCGUCACAUUCAACAUAUGCAAUAUUUAGCUUGGCCAGAUCACUGUGUACCCUCCGAUCCAAAUUUGUUUUUGGAAUUUACGGAGCGUGUACGAGCAGCACGUAAUAAAACCUUGUUGCAGGAAAUCGAAGAAAGUCUGAAACAAGUGCGUUUGCUAGAUGCUGAUGCAGAUGAAAAUGGAGGCCUUAUGACUGAACGCAAAUGUGCUGCAAGCAAUGGCGUCACACCAGAAGAUGAAACACCUGUGUCAACAAGUGUACAUCAGUGCAUAAGUGCCGCUAAUCCUCCUGUGAUAGUACAUUGUUCUGCUGGAAUAGGUCGCACCGGUGUGCUUAUACUUAUGGAUACAGCUUUAGCGUUGAUGGAAACACGUGAACCUGUUUAUCCAUUAGAUAUUGUGCGUACAAUGCGGGAUCAACGUGCUUGUAUGGUGCAAAAUGUGAGCCAAUACCGUUUUGUGUGCGAGUGUAUUUGUGCAGCUUAUAUGAAAAUGUCACGCAGUAGUGGAGUUAUUGGUGUUGAGGAUGAACAACAUUAACACAUAGAUAAUAAAUUUAAUCUAGAUACAAAAACAACAAACUGCUAUUUUUAAAUUAUAGUAUAUCAAUUAUAUAUAACAAUUAUAGUAUAUAUCCACAUUAUAUACGGUUAUUUACACAAAUAUCAAUUUGUCGAUAAUCAUUUUGAAGUAGAAAUUA